AUGAAGGACACACAAGUAGUUCUUGUUUCCGAGGAGCCGGUUACUCAGAUCGCGAGUUUGGAAACUCAAGAGGGACCAGAAAAACUUUCGACAUGGCAGAUGGUGAUGAGACACAAAGUAGCGGUGUUUUGGUCCGGAUUUUUUGCCUUGGCAGCUGUCAACUGGGGCAUGGAUAUUCAGAUAUCUGGUGGUGCAAUAUCAAUUGCUUCUUUCGAGCGUGAUUUUGGAUAUAAUUACAAAGGCACAUACAUAAUUAGUUCAAAAUGGCAAACGGGUUUCAAUUCUGCUUCCUACGUUGGCCAAUUAUUCGGAGCCAUUGCCACCGGAUAUCUUACCGAUAGAUUUGGGAAGCGGUUGAUGAUGGGAGUAGGGUGCAUAUUGAGCAUCAUUGGGGUGUUCUUGCAAGUGUUCGCUCGGUCGUCAGUGGUUUUACUCGUAGGCAAGCUUAUCAACGGUCUUGCCUUGGGUGCGUUUCUCACCAUUCCGUCAAGCUAUGCUGCCGAAAUAUGCCCUGCGACUAUACGAGGCCUAACCACCUCUGGAGUUCAACUACUUAUUUCUAUCGGUCAACUCACGGGCAAUCUCGUCCUUAAGGGCACGGGAACAUUUGCCUCAGCGAAUGCUUACAAAAUCCCUUUUGCUCUCCAAUUCAUAUUUCCAACAAUCAUUCUUCUCGGUCUCCCAUUUGCCCCUGAAUCACCUUGGUAUCUGCUCCGUCAUUCCCACAUGGACAACACAACCUCCACUCUCGCUCGAUUAGGCUAUCAAUCUCCUCUUGACACCGCAGAAGAGAUGACAACAAUAAUUUCAACAGAGUCCAAGAAUUCUUCCGAAACCACCUAUCUUGAUUGUUUCCGAGGCUCCAACCUCCGUCGUACCGAAAUCUCGAUGGGUAUUUUCGCCGUCGCACAGCUUACUGGUGUCGUUUUCUCUGUUGGAUAUUCGAGUUACUUCUUUGAACUUGCUGGCAUGUCUGACUCUAAUGCAUUUACAUUAUCAGUUGGAGUUACGAUUUUGGGAUUAAUGGGUGUCAUUUGUUCAUGGUUUCUUAUCAAUAGAUGUGGACGUCGUUCUACAUCUUUUGUCGGAACAGCCAUGUUGACAUUCUUGCUCUUGCUCAUUGGUAUAUUGGAUAUCCUACCUAAUUAUUCCAGCAAAGGACCAGCUUAUGGUCAAGUAGCUUGUGUAAUCAUUUUCUCGUUUAUCUACCUCUCGACUAUUGGACCAAUGGGAUGGGCACUCUUUGCUGAAAUUCCUUCUUCUUCAUUGCGUUCAAGGACAGUUGGAUUGGGGAUAGUGGUACAGAGUGUGUUUGGUAUUGUCAUGAAUAUUGCUAUUCCACUCUUAAUAAACCCAGACUCAGCAAAUCUGAGAGGAAAAAUUGGGUUCAUUUUUGCUGGGACAUCAACCUUGGGAACGUUAUGGGUUUGGCUAAGAGUUCCAGAAACUAACGGGAGGAAAUUUGAUGAGCUGGAUUGGUUGUUUGAGCAAGGAAUACCGGCGCGAAAGUUUAAGGGGUAUAAUGUGCCUCUAUGA